AUCUUCUACAACCGAACGAGUCCUGAACGCCCUUUCAACAUCGAUUUCCCCUGCGUUAUUGACUGUAUGAAUGAUCCAACAUGCCAAAGAAAAAGAGAGGAACUUGUUACAUAAAGCACAAGAAACGAGGUCAGCACCUUCCAUAUAAUGCAAGUAAGGUACCAAAAUCCACAGCACAAAGUCCUGCAGAAACAGGUACAGGCUCUACACAAGAGAACCACUGCCUAGACACUCUGAGUUGUAACUGGGAUACCCCAAUUUUUCUCCCAUCUGAUCCCCCAUCAAGUUCCUUAGACACAAGUGAGGAUCCUGCUUGCCCUCAUCCUACUGACAUGUCUUCAGAUGAUGAUUUUCAGCCAUUUCGUCAGUACGCCUCUUUCAGAAAUGACACGUCUAUUGGUGAUGAUGUUGAGACCUUGGUUACAAAUUCAAGUGAGGAUACUGGCUGUCUACUCCCUGUUACUGUCGUAUCAUCUAAAGACGUUGAUGUUGAGCCCAUUGAUCUGUAUGCCUCUCUCAAAAAUGAAAUAUUUACUUCCGGUGUGGCUUCCCCCUUUCUGCUGAACCCUCAUCACAGGAAUAUAAAUCUUCUGGAACUUUAUCAUAAAGGAAACAAAACAGCUGUUAAAAUAUCUGUGAUCAUCAGUGAAGAUUUCUCAGCAACAGUGAGUGUUCAUCGGAAGGACUUGUCACCUGAUCAUGAACUUUGGAGUUGUCUGCCAGCUACCUACACCACGGUUACAGCAGUGAAUGAACUUCUCCAAAGGAUAAAUAAAUUUAGUGUGUGUGUUGGCAACCCAGAUGAAGAUCUUCAAGAACUGGUUCCAGUAGGAGUAGGAUUAACUGAUUCAGACUCGCUGUCAGUUUUGGCUUAUCGGGAAGGUGACUUCUGUGCAAGUAAGGGAGACCUUUCCUACAGUUCUACCAUACGGACAGUUCAGUGUUGUAUGUUGGUAGAGGGAGCAAGAUGCCCAAGUUGUUCAGCAUAUCGCAGAAGUCUACGCAAGAGGAAAUACCGCCAAGAGCAGAGAUUGUCUAAAUCAGCAAACUUUGACUUUAUUCAUAGCAGAAUCCCUCAUGCGACAAUGUCAUAUGGUAUGCUUCAAACAAAAUUAAAACAGCAAAGAAACAAGAUUAGAUCCCUUGAAUCAGAACUGGAUGCAUUAAAAAGAACAUGCCAACGUGAGAUCCAGACAAAUGGACUAAAUCUUGGGCCUGUUCAAAGUGCUGAAAUGUCGGAUUUAAUGGCUACCUGCACAACAGAGAUGGAGAAAUCAUAUGCGGAUCCUAAUUCAUUGCAGAGACUGUUCUGGGAACAACAGAUGAAAUUCAAUGAAAGUGGAAGGAAUGGCAUGCGUUGGCACCCUAUGAUCAUUCGAUGGUGCCUUUAUCUUAGACAUCGGUCAUCAAAAGCGUAUGAUGCAUUGAGGGAAACAGGAUUUAUCAAAUUACCCAGUACUAGAACGUUAUUUGACUAUUCGCAUUACACUGAAAGUGCUAUAGGAUAUAGUGCUGAUGUUAUUAAAGUGCUACAGUCUGAAGCAGAAAAGAAAGGAAUGUUUAAGGAGAAGUGGACAAAUUAUGUUGGAAUUCUGUUUGAUGAAGUUAAAAUUCGUCAGGACCUUGUUUAUGACAAACACAGUGGGGAAUUGAUUGGAUACUGUGAUCUGGACUCUGUCGGAAACGCAUUUAUGGAUCUUGAAUCUUUCCUGAAAAGAGAUCAUGACAAAACACGUGAUUUAGCCAAAUUCAUGCUCAUUGUGAUGGUCAGAGGUAUUGUAACAGCCUUGAAAUUUCCUUUGGCAGCAUUUGCCACUAUGAGCAUCACAGCUGACUUUUUGUUUCCAAUUAUUUGGAAAGCUGUUCACAUAUUGGAAGCUGUCAAUUUAAAAGUCCUGUUCUUAACAUGUGAUGGAGCAUCUGCAAACCGACGAUUUUUCAAAUUGCAUAGUGAUCCUGGAAAUGAUGGACCAGUUUUCUACACAGAUAAUCCCCAUGACAUGACAAGAAAGAUAUACUUCGUGUCUGAUGUCCCUCAUCUUCUCAAAACCACUAGGAACUGCUUCAGCAAUUCAUUUUCUCACUCAAAAACUAGGAAGUUGUGGAAUGAUGGGAAGGACAUUUCCUGGGGACAUAUUGUCAAGCUGUACGAAGAUCAUUGUGAAAACAACUUAUAUACACCCUGCCCAGAACUUUCACGAAACCAUGUUGAUUUGACAGCAUUCAGCCGAAUGAAAGUCCGCCUUGCAGCACAAGUCAUGAGUGAUAGUGUUGCUAAUGCAUUAGAGGAACUCUAUGAUGAAAGUGUUUCUGAAACUGUGACAUUUAUUCGAAACAUUAAUAAAUUCUUUGAUUGUUUGAAUGUUAGAAACCACUUUGAGGGUAGGAACAAAAGAAACCCUAAUCUAGCUCCAUAUGAAAAUCCUCAAGAUGAAAGAUUGGACUGGCUGAAAAAUGACUUCUUGGGCUACCUGAACCAGUGGAAAAACAAUGUGAAUGGAAGACCAAAUCUGACCACUUCGGAGAAAGCUAGCAUGUUACUGAGUCAUCAGACUGUUACUGGCCUUGAAACAUCAGUUAGAUCAAUCACAGAAUGUGUAAAAUAUAUCCUGAACCUCGGAGCAAGUUUUGUGUUGACUCAUGCUUUUAAUCAAGAUCCUCUUGAGGAACAUUUUAGUCACCACAGGCACAAAGGAGGAGCCAACAAUAACCCCUCUGUUUAUGAAGUGAGAAAUGCACUUACACAAAUCCGUGCAAUAAAUGCUCAGGCACUGGUUCCCAAAAGAGGAAAUACAUUAACUGUUGACAAUAACAUGCAAAUUGACAAUACCAGAUUGCCACGCAGAAAUGUUAUGAGACUGUAAUGGUUGUCUUGUUGUUGAAUGUACAUCAUGUAAAAUGUAGAUUUGUACAGCUUGCUUAUUACUUUAGCACCAGAAUGUCAAUUUUACUUUUUGUAGAUUUUGUUAAAAGAUUGAAUUUGUAACUGCUUUGAAGCAGUUCUUUUCUUUAAA